UAGGGUGAGCUGUCAUGCGUUACUACGACGUGAGCUUAGAAGCCGCGUAAAUAUGGCCGCGGCCAUAAUGAGUGGUUACUACUACGAUCGUGUGUAAUGAGAACGCGUGAUGUUUGUGAUUGUUCUUGUUGGUGUACGGUGAUGAGAUCGACGUGUCAUCGGCAAAGAUGAGCGAAAGAAAGUUUACUCGUGGCCUGGGUAAGCCGGGCAUGGCUGCUCAAUUACGGGAGACUGUCUCUCAGGUAGUACGUGAGAGCACCGUACAGAAUAAGCCACAUUUAGUAGAACCUAUAGACUUUGAAAGUUUUGUAUUAAAGAAUAAAACUUUAUUACAAAAUGAUCCGCAGAGAGAGCUUCUAUUAUAUCCUCAAGAUGAUGUUUCACAAGUGGUAUUGCCUAGAAGAUACCGUACUCUUGUACCAACAGUACCACAAGUUUCAGAUAACGAGGAAAGAACAGAAAACCUUCUUACGAAAGAAUGUUUGCGAAGCUAUACAUCUAAUUGGAAUCUUAUACAUUACAAAUAUUCAGCAUAUAGUGGAACUUAUCUUGAAUUGCCCAAAAUAUCAAAAGCAGAUGAUCUGAAAGAUGAAGUAUAUGAAAUUGAUACAGAUGUAGACCAAGUUGAUGAGGAGUUAACAAAAAGUAAUGGAAUAACAAAAGAAGGCUAUUUAAUGAAAGGACCAGAAAUUGGUAGCAGCGAUCGUAUGUUUGCAAAUAUUGGUUCAAAAUCAUUCAAGAGACGAUUUUGUCAUCUUAGACAAGAAGUUGAUGGCACUUAUAUUCUUGAACUUUUUAAAGAUGAAAAAAAAGGAGAAGCGAAAUUAACAAUAGUAAUGGAUUUUUGCACCGAAGUUGUUAGGAAUCCGAAACGUGGAAGGUAUUGUUUUGAGUUAAGAAUGAGCGGGACUCAUAAAUCGUAUACUUUAGCAGCAGAUAAUGAGACAGAUAUGCAAGAUUGGUUAUUAAAGUUGAGCUCGGUAUUACAACAUUAUAAACAACAAGAAGAAAAACGUGCUGCUUCAUUAGAAAGAACAUGUAAUACACCCCCUCCUUCACCUCAACCUAUACAGGUUUAUGGAACGUUAAAAGGCUUGGAGCAAAGCAUGAAUCCACAGCUAAUCAAAUAUUCUAGAGAAACUGAUACCAGUAUAGCAUUAGCUAGACGUGAAAAUCGUAAAAGAUUAUUCAGUAUUUACCCUCAUAUUCCACAUAGCAAGCAACACACAGGCAAUUCUAAUGAACAAAAUAUUGAUCCAUACAAAGAACAAUUUGGACAUAGAAUUUUUGUGAAAUGUGAAAGUCUUAAAUUUAGAUUACAAGCACCAAUAGAUGAAAAGGAGUCAUUGUGCCAGGUGGAACCAUAUCAAACAACAUUAAGUCUUUACGAUGCGAGGAAUGGUAGAAAACUUACAGAAAACUUUCAUUUUGAUAUUAAUCAUGAAGUUGUUCAAGAAAUGGUAAAAGAACUAAGUCCUGUAGGUAUUAUGACAGAAUCUACAGAAAAUAUGAAAUUACCAGAUGACUUAAAAAAUAUACCAUUAGAUUGGAUUAAAUAUCCAAAACAGGCCAUAUUUAGUAUUAGUAAUCCUCAUCCUGAUAUAUUCUUGGUUGUAAGAAUAGAUAAAAUAUUACAAGGAAACAUAUGCCAAACUUCGGAACCAUAUUUAAGAGCUGCAAAAGAUCCACGAUUAGGUUUGAAACUGCACAAACAAGUCAGAGCAUGUUGUCAAAGACUGGGGAAUUACAGAAUGCCUUUUGCUUGGGCUGCCAGACCAUUAUUUAGAUUAUAUAGUAACGAAUUAGAUACAUCGUCAGAUUUUCCAGCAAUAUAUAGACAAGAAGGAAAUAAAAUUAAGGACGAUGAAUUAUUAAAACUUCUUUCAGAGUAUAGAAAACCUGAAAAACUUAGUAAAUUGACUGUGAUACCUGGCUGGUUAAAAAUAAAAAUUGAGUCAAUUACGGAAUUACCUGACAAUACAUUGUCUACAUCCUUAACAGCUUUAAAGCCAUUUCCAUUACCACCAACGUCUGAACCAACUCUUGAAGUUGCAGAAUUUGAAAGUACUUCGGAAAAAGACGUUCAUCCUUACACAACGUACAUUAACCAUCUUUAUGUAUAUCCACAAACUCUAUGCUUCGAUACUCAAAAAAUAUUUACAAGAGCCAGAAAUAUUGCGUGCAUCGUUGAAUUACGGAACGAUGACAGCGAAGAUACUACGCCUUUAAGAUGUAUAUAUGGAAGACCUGGUGCUCCACUUUUAUGUUUACGAGCAUGUUGUGCAGUUUUACAUCAUAAUGCAAUUCCCUCUUGGUACGAAGAAAUCAAAAUACGGUUACCGACGAAACUUCAUUCUAAGCACCAUUUACUGUUUUCUUUCUAUCAUAUAAGUUGUGAUAUGAACAAGAAGAAAGAAAAUGGAGUCGAAAACUGUGUUGGUUAUGCUUGGUCCCCUUUGUUAUAUAAGGGAAGAUUAAAUGUGGAUAUGGAUAUGAACGUACAAACAUUACCCGUGGCAACACACUUACCUCCAGGAUAUCUUUCUAUACAACCACUUGGGCUUGGAAAAGGGAAUGCAGGACCGGAAAUUAUUUGGAUUGAUUCUCAACGGCCAGUGUUCACAGUAGCUUUUCAACUAAUUUCAACUGUAUUUACACGUGAUGUACACUUGCAUAAUUUAUUUGCUCACAUGGAACGAAUUCUGGACACGAAACUGGGAGCAAUGCCAGCGGAUUCGGAAACUUGCAAAAUAUUAAAAGCUGCUCACGCAGUACAGCUAGUUACUGUUAUCACCUUUCUUCCUACAAUAUUGAAUCAACUGUUUACAUUAUUAACUUAUACUAUGAACGAGGAAGUUGGAUUAUUUAUUAUAAGAGUUUUAAUACAUUUUAUAAAUAUGGUGCACGAAGCUGGGAGAAAGGAAACUCUUCAAGCUUACAUUAAGUUUGUAUUUGUAUCGCCUUCGCAAGGAAAUGGCAGUAUAACAGUUCAUGAGCAAUUAGGAAAACAUCUUCCUACAUUGUUGCAACCAAGUAACACUGAUUUCUUAGUAGUAAAUAAAUUCAUGCACCACUCCAGCUUCUUUUUCGAAAUAAUGAUCAAAAGCAUGGCUCAACAUUUACUUUCAACAGGAAGAAUAAAGAUGCACAGGAAUGAAAGAUUUUCUAAAGAAUACCAUGACAAAAUUCGAAGUUUAGUAGAAGUUAUUAUGCCUUAUCUUAUGACCAAGUAUAAAGAAAUGCCUGUUGAAACACAUGAAUUGAACAAAAGUCUUGCACAGUUCCUAAAACGAUGUCUUACAUUCAUGGAUCGUGGAUAUGUGUUUCGUCUCAUCAAUUUGUACAUAGACAACUUUUCUCCUGGAGAUCAACGUACGCUGCACGACUUCAAAUUUACGUUCCUGCAAAUAAUUUGUUCCCAUGAACACUAUGCGUCUUUCAACUUGCCGAUGAUGCAAUCACGAAUUACUUCCAGAGAAGAUACAGAGAGUGAUCCAGAAUGUGAUGAUUUAAUGAGCGAGUAUUGUUUAUCUGAGGAUUUUUGUAAACAUCACUUUUUGGUUGGACUCUUAAUGCAAGAAGUCAAAACUUCUCUAAAUGAAGUUAUACAAAUUCGAAAAGUAGCAAUAGCUACAUUAAGAGAUUUAGUGGCAAAACACGAACUUGAUGAUAGAUAUCAAAAUAAGGGUCAAUUAAGUAGAAUAGCAUCCAUUUACAUACCGUGGCUAGGUAUUGUAUUGGAAAAUUUACAUCGACUGCAAUCUGUACAUGAUAAUAAAACAGACGCUAAACAAAAUGGUAUCAGUAGAAUAUCGACUAGUAGUUCAUUUUUAGCAAACAAAGAUACUAGUAGUAAUACAACUACUACUGGAACUCCAAAGUCAAUUCAUAGACUCACGUUACACUUGGAUACACAGUCUCCAAUACGAGCAUCCAUGCAUUUACGCGAUUCUACGUAUUUCGCUGCCAUAGCAGGUCAAGGUUUGGUUAACGGUUACUCCUGUACUAGUAUAGAGUCAGAUACUUCAACCAUGUCUGGCGCCUCUCAGUCAAAUAUAUCUCAAGAAACGACUAUCAUUCGUGAACCUAUCGAAAAUGGUACUGGUGAGAAAAAGAGACAUUCACGUUCCUUGAGUGUAACACAGUCAUCGCCUAGAUGUGAUAAAUUGCAAUCGUCAGAAGUUAGAGACAUAUUACUUUGUUUCCUAUUUGUUAUAAAAUAUUUGGGUGAUCAUCAGGUCAUUGCAUGGUGGCAGCAAUGCAGCGACUGUGAAAUUUUAAACUUCUUUUCAGUAAUAGAAAUGAGUUUGCACCACUUUAAAUAUGUUGGAAAAAGACAAAUAACUACGAAUGCUGCAAACAGUUGUGGAAAACCUCGAACAGUAAAAGCAAUGACAUUGCCGGCUAGAAUGGCACCACCUGAUUUUUCUACUGAAGGGUCUGCCACUAGUACUUUACAACCUCAUAACAAUACACUAAGAGAAAAUCUUGUUGAAACUGACAGUGGAAAAGUACAUCAAGUUUUAUUAGAAGCAAAUAUGGCAACAGAAAUUGGUCUCAUUGCAUUGGAUUGUUUAGGACUAUUCUGUAUUCAUUUUAAGGAUGUACUUUUAGCGGCAGAUGGAGAUAAUCCUAUAAUGCAGAAAGUUUUCAGUAUAUAUUUGUCAUUCUUGCAAGUUGGCCAAUCUGAAACUUUGCUGCGUCAUGUUUUCGCUAGUUUUAGAGCUUUCUUAAAUAAUUAUUCUAUAAUUCUUUUUCAAGGGAAUGCAGUUCUUUGUGGACGUUUGUGUUAUGAAUUACUACGUUGCUGUAAUAGUAAACUGAGCUCCAUUAGGCAAGAGUCCUGUGCUUUGCUUUACCUUCUUAUGAGAAGUAAUUUUGAGUUCACUAGCAGGAAGGGGUUAACUAGAGUUCACUUACAAGUGAUAAUAUCAGUUUCCCAAAUGCUUGGAAAUGUUAUUGGAUUGAAUAAUUCAAGAUUUCAAGAAUCGCUUUCAUUAAUAAAUAGUUAUGCUUCGUCUGAUAAAGUGAUGAAAGGUACUGGUUUUCCAGUUGAAGUUAAAGAUCUUAAUAAAAGGAUUCGAACAGUUUUAAUGGCGACAGCCCAAAUGAGAGAACACAAUAAUGAUCCUGAAAUGUUGGUGGAUUUACAACAUAGUUUGGCUAAUUCGUAUGCUAGUACACCAGAAUUAAGGCAUACGUGGUUAGAAACUAUGGCUAGAAAUCAUGCAAGGGAUGGAAAUUUUUCAGAGGCCGCUUGUUGUCAAUUACAUAUCGCUGCAUUAAUGGCGGAAUAUUUGAAAUUGAAGAAAGUUCACACGUGGGGAGCGGAAGCCUUUGACAAAAUCUCUGAAAAUAUUUCUAGAGACGAAUGUAGCCUUAAACUCGAUGCUGGUGAGAUUUGUGUGCAAGAUAUUCAUUACAACGACUAUCUACUUCUUGAACAAUUGGAAGUUUGUGCUGACAUAUUAGAAAAAGCAGAACGAUUCGAACUCCUUGGACAUUUGUAUCGAUUAAUAGUUCCUAUGUAUGAAGAAAAACGAAACUACGAAGCUUUAGCAAAUUGUUAUUCGCAUUUGGCACAAGCCUGUAAUAAGAUUGUCGAGGUUACUAAGUCUGGGAAGAGACUUCUUGGAAGGUUCUAUAGAGUUGCAUUUUUUGGCUCGGCGUAUUUUGAGGAUGAAAAUGGUCAAGAGUACAUUUACAAAGAGCCAAAAAUUACAUCUUUAUCAGAAAUUUCAGAGCGUUUACAUCAUUUAUAUUCCGAUAAAUUUGGUUCAGAGAAUGUCAAGAUGAUAAUGGACUCCGUGCCUAUCGAUGUAACUGAAUUAGAUCCAAAACUAGCAUAUAUUCAAGUGACACAUGUUACGCCUUACUUUGAAAAAUUUGAAUUAGAUACACGACAAACAGAAUUCGAACAGAAUCACAAUGUGUCGUGUUUCAUGUUUGAAACACCAUUUACUAAAGAAGGAAAAGCAAGGGGUAAUCCAGAAGAUCAAUGGAAACGGAGAACAAUUGUUACAACUCAAUAUUCCUUUCCAUACAUUAAAAAACGCAUCUUGGUAACUGAAAAACGGUUAAUGGAACUGAGUCCAAUUGAAGUUGCUUUGGAUGAAAUGCGACAGCGCGUCCAAGAGUUAGAAGAUGUCGCUCUUAUAGGUCCGACAGAUGUGAAAAAAUUACAAUUAAGGCUACAAGGAAGCAUAUGUGUUACGGUAAAUGCUGGACCACUUGCAUACGCUUCUGCAUUUUUAGAUCCUGCGUUGUCGCCACAAUAUCCAGAUGAUAAAGUUGAAGAACUAAAAGAUGUCUUUAGAGAGUUUGUUAAGAUAUGUUACACAGCGCUUCAAAUAAAUAGCAAAUUAAUAACAUCUGAUCAACACGAAUAUCAAGAAGUGUUACGUGAAAAUUAUCAGAAACUAUGUCAGAAUUUAUCAUCUUUGCUUGGAGAACCUAUUUGGCCUGAUGAACAAGUUGGUAAUUUUAAACGUAAUAGCGCUGCUUUGUUUAGUGCUAUCAGUGGUGCUAAUAAUCAUACAAGUACAGCCUAAAAUGAUGAUUAAAAUGAUGUCAUCUGUAACUAAAUUACCUUUGUUUUUAAAGUAAUUUCUUAUGUAAGUGAAUGGUACAAAUUUAAUUACACACAGUGCUCCACUAAAGUUACUCCAUUUUAAUAUUUUCGCUAUUUUAAAUAAUAGGAGAAACUGAAAUUGUCGUUCAAAUCUCUAUGAAAGAAAACAAUUCUCACCAUAUUAUAUUAGGCUUAAAGCAGUACAGUUUUUGUAAGCAAUAUCUCUCUCUCUCUCUCUCUCUCUCUCUCUCUCUCUCUCUCUCUCUCUAUUACUCGAAACAGCGAAGAUAAAAAUAACUUGUUUUCAAUGAGUUACUGUAUUCUAAUUGAUCAUUAAUUUACUUAAGCACAAAAGACACUCUGUUACUACUUGUGGUUGUUAUUAUAAUAGUAAGUAAGUCAAUUACUACACUUCCACUUUGCUGUCAUAAUCAAACUUUUUUUAAUUAUUGUAUGUACUAAAUGGUAUUGCUUAAGUAUUAUCCAUUUAUUGUAACUUUUGGUCAUUUUUAUUCGAGGACUUUACUGGAUAAAAUGGAUAAAAAUCACAAACAGUGGACGUAAAAUACUAUAUCUCAAAACAAUAUAAAAGUAUUACACUGUGGCCUAAUGCAAAUGUUCUCAAUAAUUUGAUCACUGCCAUAUUUUCAUAUGUAACAUAUAUAUGCCAUAUUUAGCAUAUAUACACUCUUUUUAGUGCAAAUUUAUACUGACAGAAAAGUAACUUUCAAAAAUAGUAUGUAGAUACUUUACUUUCGUAAACAAAUUUACAUGUUUUCUAACUUAAAGAUUUGUAACUGUCUACACCAAUAUGCAAUUUCUAUCUAUCGAAUAAGAAUAUUAUACAUAUUAAAUCUAGUUGAAUGUAGUAUAUUUUGGUGUCAAGCACCUAAAGGGGCAUUUAUAUAUGCGUACAUAUUGACUUAAGGAUUUAAUGAUUUGUAUAUUGGAAUACGUUGAAUGUGUAGAACUUAAUUUGUAUAUAUUUGUAUAAUUUAUUCUACAUAUAUGUAUUAUGUAAAGAAGAUAUAGCUAGCAAUCAUUCAAUAUUAAUGCAAAUAUUAAUUGAAAAGAGGGAAACGUUUUAUGAGAUAGUAUCAGUUUAAAAAGUUCCACAUUUUAAUCGAAUACGAAUUUUUUACAUAUUCUAUACGGUAAGAAAUUUUGACAAAUUUUGUUGAAAUGGAUAUGAAAAUUUAUAUUUUAUAUAGUCUCUACUACAAUAUUUAUCACAUGAAAUCACGAUAAUCGUUGAAUCUCCUCAUUCUGAUUCACGGUAACACAAAAUUUUAUGGAUAAUGUACUUAACAAAAAUACUGCUUUCUUUCCAAUGAUAUUUUUCAGAAAUUAUUUUUAUUUCAUAUUGUUUGCUUGUCUUCUUUAUAUAAUUUUGUUGUGAUACAUUCUAAAUAAUGCAUAAUAUUUACUGUAUUUUCAUUUUGUACAAUUUUGUUCAAUGCUUUAUGUAUAUAAAAACUACAGCUAAUUAAAAUUUUAUGUAUUUAUAAAAUUUAAUAUCGUAAAUAAUGAGUGUCUUUAAAUUUUAUAUCUCGCUGCAUUUAUUGCACAUAAGAUAACAAUUUUUAAAAAAAGUGGAAUGAACUCUUUUAUUUGAUAAAAAUGAUCUUUACUCUGUUAUGGGUUUCCAUACAAAAAACUAUCUGAAAAUUUUACGUGCUUUUAUGUAUAGUAAAUGUAUAAUUGUAAUUAGUAUGUAUAGACUGUUGUGUUUAAAUAACGAAAUAUUGUUAUUUAUCUUUGGGAAUAUGUGUCACUCAUAGAUAGAACUUGUCUAAAAGAAUGUUUCAAUAGAUACAAUUGAAAACCGUUCGAAUAGAAUUGUAAAUGAUUUUGUCAUUGCAUUAUUACAAUUGGUUUUUAUUAAAUUUAACUAAUAUAAAAAAGAAAUACAGCUGUACAUUAGUAACAUAAUAUACGAAUUUGGGGUUCAGUCAUAAAAGAAUGCGUUCACUUCCUAUGAAGUUAAUUGUGUCAUUUUUAAAAUAAAAACAUGCGGUUACAUAUUCUUCCAAAAUUGCAAUUGAUUUGAAAAUUUGAGUAAUGAAUGUAUAGUGAUUUACUGUUGUAAUGCUACAACAAAAAGACUGAAUGCAAACUAUCUAUUUCAGUAUGUAAAUUAAAAAGAUUAGACUUGUACACUGAUAGCAUUUUAAUUAAUGGAUCAAUUUGGAGAUAAUAUAAAUAGUAUUUGACUGAGAAAGGAAGUAAAGCUUACGUGCCAUAGCAUACUAUUUCUUUCAUUCAGACUGCAUUUUGUAGCUAGGUAUAAUGCAAAUGGACAUCGCACAGAAACGUCUGAAUAUUUGAAAAUGUAUGCUACUAAUUGUUUCAAUUAAUGAUACCAUUAGAAAUAGAAGAAGUUAUGCUUAUAGAAUUAUAAACUAUUUAUACGAAAAAUUAAUUUUAAGAAACAACUACAUAUACUUCAUACAUAUAAAACAUUGGAUUCUUCAUUGCUGAUAUCUAUGUUAAGUAGAAUAAAUUUAUGCCGGAUUUAUACUAAAUGAUCUUUCAUAAAGCUCUCUAGAAAUAAAUGAGGCAAUAAUUGUUAUAUUAAUUUAUAUACUUUCAAAUGUAUUAGGAAAAGGAAAAUCAUGUUUUGUAUGCAUUUAAAGGUUGUCAAAAAUCUUGUUAAAUAUUCUUUUACAAUACAUUUUAAGGGCUAUUCAUAAAUUACGUGAUGUUAAUUUCAUCUGAUCUCUUUCACUGAAGCAAAGCAUGUGUAUAAAAAAGAAAUUACCGAUAAAAUUUUAAUUUACAUAUUUGACAUUCUUUCUUAUAACUUGUUUUUUCUUUGACCAAGCUACCCCUAAGAGUGUGACGUAACUUUUGAACAGCCCAUUAUUUAAUUUUAAGAUUUACUACAAAAUUGAAUACACACCUAAUAACAAUUAUUACUUCGUUUUGUGUGUUACAUAUACAUGUAUCUUACAUUUAUUUAUUUUUUAAUUAUUAUUUAGCAAAGCAAAAUAUCAAACAAUUUUAGAGGAUAUUCUUGUUCAUAUAAUUGAAGAAGAUGUUUUGUCAAAUGCGGUGUCUCUUUAGUAGUGAAAGUUUUCAUAAAUGAAAGUCAAAAUGCUGUCCAUUAAUACGUUACAACUACUAUCGUCAUUUCUAAUAAAAAUAAUGAUAUUUUGCAUUCAUUGUAAUCUUUUAUAAAGAAGAGAAAAAAAGAAAGAACAAUAUUAAGAACUAUGUAUGUAUGCAAAAGAGAAAAAGCACAUGUCUAAAUUCAGUAAUAUAAAUGAAUGAUGCACGAAAAUAAAUAUUGCAAUUAUAUAAAAAACAUAUAAUCUUAAUUUUAAUAAGUAUCAAAUUAAUUUGUGAUGCAACACUAAAAAUGUAAAUGCUACUUUGUGAGUUUAGUCGAUGUUCGUUAAAUAUGCAUACAUUUGUACAAAUACAUGACAUUUUUUAAUUAGCAAUUAUGUUAAAAAUAAUACUAUUGAAUUAUCUUGCAAGUAGAUCAGUUUUUUUUAACUUUAAUAUUAUAAAGCAUUUGAGUAAUUAUUAUAAAUUGCAAUGGGAUAAUAAGUAAAAGGCAUACUCGCACAACGUUUCUGAUAAUUUUACAUUGAAUUAUGUUUAAGCAAAUACAUUGCUUGCAACUUAUAAUACACCGAUGUUAUAAUUAUUGAUAUAUGUGACCAUUAUAGAAACACUGUAUUUGUUACUCCAUUGUGAUUAAGAUAAUAAAAUGACAAAUAACUUGAAAAUGUUAGCUCUAUUGUAAUAAUUCUUCUCAUUGUUAAUUUGUACACUAAUAAUUGACUGAUAUUAAGUUUUUUAAAUAAAUAAAAAUA